AUGUCUGGACAAACUCUCCGUGCCUUCUCAUUUCAGAAAGUGGCUGCUACCAUACCAGAGGAAUCACCCGAAAUAGUGGACAUCGCGGACACCCCAUCAGGCUCCCCUGCCGCCCAGGAGUCCGGACCUCCACCCGAGGACCCCCCAAAUACACCAACCAUGGAAGACGGUGGAACGUCAAAGGCUGAGCAAGCUCUCAUUGCCGCCUUAUGGCCCUCCGGCAUGCCGCCGGAACUAGCUGAUUUUACAUUCCCGGAAUUGGAGCAAGAAAUCCAGGGUAUCUCUCCCCCAAGGAGCCCAUAUUACCCUGACACCGAGCCCGUCUCCCGACCCGGCACCCCGGAGCCCGACGCACCAGUUGUCCCCGCGACUCGUGAGGGGAUGGCCACGACUAGCCCCAUCAGCUACGACCCCGAGGGCCCUGUCCUCGAGACGGAAGGAAAAACCACUCCCGCCAAUAACCCGGGGAAACCAGACAAAGGGAUUAGGAUUCGUAGCAUCCAGCCAGUGGUGGUCCUGGAGAGGCUACCCCUCAAUACGACGCCUCCUCACAUCGAGGACUAUUGGGAGCCCCUUCAGCCCUGGUUGCCAGACAUAAGGAGGUUGGAGAAGAAGAAGCGAGGAUUUCUCCAAGCCCUCCAAACGUGUAGCCUGCAACCCCUCCGAUACAUCCCCAGGCUGAGGUACGUCGUACCCCCAUUACCACCUCCCGGGGAGACCCUGAAGAGAGGACGUCGCUCAUCCACCAGCUCCUCGUCCUCCUCGUCAUCAUCGUCAUCCUCCUCAUCCUCCUCAACAUCCUCGUCCUCCUCAUCCCCUUCAUCGGGACCCCCCGACCAUGGAAUCACCAGCCCAGUCACGAGCUGCCCCGAACCUGCUAGGGAUCAGAAACGGGAGGCACACAACCCCAUGGAGAUGGAAGAAUCGGUGCCCGGGACUUCUCACAUCCACAACACGGACGUCCUGCUGAUUGAUCUGCAGGAGGAGGAACGAUCCUUCCUAUCCAGCACCAGUCUGGGUCAAGAGAUCCAUCCCGCACCACCCCCGUGCAUCGAACCUCCGGAGGUAGAGGUUAUACCCCCUCCGAGAUAUCCGGACCUCCCUACGGCCGAAACCUCCACGACUCUAGCGGACAUUACCCCCGUCAAAACCUCUCCCCCUCCAGUGGGCCAUACCCCUGACCCAAAUCCCUCCGCCUCCGGGCCGGCCACCAAACAUCCCCCAACCGCAGCACCCGGGGAAUCCACCAUCCCAGCUGGAGGACCAACCUCCAAGUCACUUCCAGUCAACCCAGAGACUGGCCCCCAGAACACCAAAGGGGACCGAGACAACACCACCGGUACCCAAAUCCACCGUUCCAGAAAGAAACGAAUUUGGUGUUUCGACUGCCGUCGUCAUGGACACCGACCUGCCGACUGUCCAAAUCCCACGGGGGAAAAGUACUGUGGGAAAUGUCCCUACCGAGUUACACCAACGCGACCCUGCCCCACGCACAAAACGGAAUGGGCUGCCACGGUGACCAGCCGCAACGUCCGGGACACUCCCACAAGAGACGGGACUACUCCGCGAUCAGCGGCCACCCCCCUAAGGGUGAACCACGGGGCUCGAAGCUCCUCGACCCCCUUAAAGAAUACCACCCCCGGAAGGGAAAACCCCUCUCCAGGCAUCGACCAUCCACCCACUCAUCGGGGACGCAUGUCGGGUGGUCGAGGGUACUAUACGCACCAGCCCCAAUCACCACCCUACUGGGCCACAUCCUCCGGAUUCUCCCCAUACGAUACGCAGCUCGAGGAUUAUCCAAGCUACCAGAGUCCUUGGGACCAUUAUAGUCCCCGAGGCGACCCAUAUCAUCCAGAGUCUGAUAGAGAGACCCAAGAACUCUCUAGAAGAACGGCAUCGACACCCUCACUACCAUCGACAUCAUCCGCAAGGAGACCAGGGACGGUCACCCUGGAAGCGGAGACAGCAGCGGCCAUUGCGGAGCUCCUCACCGGCCGACGAUCGUCUGCUGGGUACAGUCCCAGCCACCCACCUGGCCCCUCCAGAGCUUGGGGAUCCAGUAGCGGAAAACUUUGUGAUAACAGCCCAGGCGGCUCAACCAUUAUAAGACUGAUGGACCAAUAA